AGUUUGAUGUCCUUGUAAAAUAAUUGUAAUUUGUCAAAAAUCAAGUGUUUAGAUUAUUUAUCAUUAUUAUUAGUGAAAUACUAAAACUGUGCACAAUAUUUAACAACUUCGAGCAAGAGGUUGUUGAGGUUUCAGUGGGAGUGCAAUGUCCGAGGAGACAGAUCGGCACGGGGAGUCGGCGAGUGACGGAGCGGGCGGCGGCUCGAAUGCCAUUCGCGUGUUAUUGACCCCACACCAGAUUGACGCCGCCAACGCGGACUCGCUGCGGGCCGCGUGGAGAAACCAGGACUUGUACAUUGACCACCUCGAAUCAUUGAACAAACAGUUGGAAGCUAAUUUGGAAACGGCGAAAGAAGCAGAGGAGAAAACAAAACAGCAAUAUGCAGAGUCCCAACACAGAGAGAAGGUACUCGUUCGAAGACUUGCCGCCAAGGAGCAGGAGAUACAAGAUUACGUAAGCCAAAUUACCGAACUGAAAUCAUCGCAUGCGAGUCUCAACGGAAGACCCACACUUCUCGACCCAGCAGUCAACGUUCUCAUACUCAGGUUGAAACAGGAAUUGACGUCGACAAAAGCGAGACUAGAAGAAACACAAAACGAACUGUCGGCGUGGAAAUUCACGCCAGACUCGAAUACAGGGAAGAAGCUUAUGGCCAAGUGCAGGUUGCUGCACCAAGAGAAUGAGGAUCUCGGACGGAUGACGUCCAGCGGGCGGAUAGCCAAGUUAGAAGGCGACUUAGCGCUGCAAAAAAGCUUUAGUGAAGAAGUUAAAAAAUCACAAUCAGAGUUGGACGAGGUCAUCCAAGAUCUGGACGAGGAUGUGGAGGGCAUGCAGGGCGCGGUGCUGUUCCUGCAGCAGGAGCUGCGCGCGUCUCACGCGACGGUGAACGGCAACCGGCCCGCCAGCCCCGACAAGCGGACGUACUCGGGCAGCGAGUGCAGCGACGCCCCCGUCGGCAAGAGGAGGCGCGCCUCCGUCCUCUCGCUCGACUACAACGAGGAGGAGGAGCCCCUCACCGUGACCAACGGCGACGCCGACUAGCCCAGGACCUCUGUGUUCUCGCUGCGAACACGGUACUUUAACAAGAACUAGUGCAUUCUGUGAACCUCUCGUAUCUAUGUAGCCUUGCGGCCUCAUUUCGUUGACUCGAUUGAAUCUUUUUGUGAGUGAUCGUCUCAUCUGUUGUCGAGGUGAAACUGGUCAGUGUCAACCAUUUGUAACAAUGAUAUGUGAAUGCUUCAUGUUUUAGCACAUACUGAAGUGUAUCCUAUAAAUCUAUGUACUUUGACUAGAAGACGAAAUAUAUAGACGACUACGUCAUUUCGAUUGACAAUGAAUUGGUGAUGAUUGUGUCUAACGUGAAAAUGAUAUAAACAUUGGUUAAACUAUAGUUUGCGUUCAUGCACAUACAGUGGACCAUGUGAUCAGAUUUUAAUAGUGAAUCGUUUUUGACAUUGUUUUUAUAAUUAUAAUGAAUACUGAAACAGACACUCAGUUGACAAUUUUAUAAUUUAUUGAUGAUAAGUGCAUUAAUUGUGAUAAUUAGGAAAUCCAAUGAUAUGUGAGCAAUAACGAUUGGCUUCUGUCGCCGCGUUGUUGAGUCAAUCAUAAUAAUAUUUUAUUGGCAUUUAUUUUAUGGAUGUGCCAGUUGACGGGGUGGCAAAUGAACUCGAGUCUGUAGAUACUGUAAUAGCAAUAAUGUUUAACACCAAGCCUAAUUCGAAUAUUUGCGAC